AUGUUAUCUGAGAGCUCUCCACAGGCCCAAUCCCUACCGCCGCCGUCUGGAUACAUGAUCAAAAUCCUCCCCCCACCGGGGCCCUCUAUCUCCACCCUCUACCACUCCCGCUCCCCUGCAACCCCCCAAAUCUUCUCCGACGCCAUGACCAUCCGCCUUCAAGUCUUCUGCACAGAGCAAGGCUGCUCCGCCGCCAACGAGCUCGACGAAGAUGACCAAAGGAGUUGGCACUGGGUCACCUACGACACCUUCUCCGAUAAACCAAUUGCUUGCACCCGCCUCGUUCCGCCGCCUCACGCUCCACAUCCAAACGGCUGCGAGAAUCCCGAGGAGAAGCCAUAUGUGAAGUUGACACGGUUAGCUGUAUUACCGGAAGCGAGGGGUAGGGGGUUGGCUAAGGUGUUAUGUGAGGAGGCGGUAGGGUGGGCGGCACGGAAUCAAGAGGAGAUUGGAGGUGGGUGGGAUGGGUUAGUGUUGGUGCAUGCUCAGGUUGGGGUGGAGAAGGUAUGGACACGGUUGGGUUUCAAGACGGAUGAGAGGUUGGGGAGGUGGGAUGAGGAGGGAAUUGCACAUUUGGGAAUGUGGAGGGAAUUGGAUUUGACGGCACAAAAAAUUGGAUGA